AUGAGGCAAGAGCUGUCUUACAAGAGCCUCUUUGACACAGUCUUCUACAGAAGUGAGCUGAAAGCUGUUGUUCAAGCCUUCCGCGGCAAGCUGCAGAUGAACAUCACCUUCACGCACCCCGCCAUGACAUUGGUGGACAUGAGAGGGGCGACUUCCGUCAUUUACGAAAGGGCGCGCUUGCUGUCCCCAGUGUCAGACAAGUUUCAGGAGAGCACCACAUGGCGCUGGGGUCCCUGUGCCAAAGAGAACCUUGUCGUCGGUGGAGCUCGGUUUCUCUUCGACCCCGACGAGGCUUGUUGCCAACUCGGAUUCAUGUACUACAGCGGCUUCGGGGUGUCACGAAGCUUUCAGAAGGCACGGGAACUCUUUGAACUUAGCAUGCAAAGGGGCUACGCUCGGGGCAUCAGCGGCCUGGGAGUCUUGUACCAGCUUGGCCAAGGUGUGGCCCAAGACUUCCACAAGGCGAAGGAACUGUAUGAGCUAGCCAUCAAAAGAGGCGACGUGGUUGCCCUCAGCCACCUUGGAUAUUUGUACGAGACUGGAGAAGGUGUGGUCAAAGACUUCCGCAGGGCCAAAGAAUUCUAUGAAACGGGCAUCGAAAAGGGCAGCGCCACUGCGCGCUGGAGCCUCGGUCGCUUGUACCAGUACGGCCUCGGGGUGGCUCGGGACUUUCAGAAAGCACGGGAACUUUUUCAGCUGGCCUACACUUAUGGCGAUCCGGAGGCCCCGUUUUCCCUCGGAAUCAUGUGGCAGCAGGGAGAAGGUGUGACGAAAAACUGCCAUGCAGCUAAAGAGCUGUAUGAGAUAGGCCUCGAAAGGGGCAGCGCUUCCGCCCCGUGUGCCCUCGGGUUCCUGUACUAUCGCGGCUGCGGAGUGGUCCGCGAUUUUCAAAAGGCACGGAAACUCUAUGAACUCGGCUUACAGAGGGGCGACACUUUUGCCGCUACCAGACUGGGAAGCAUGUACCAGAAUGCCAACGGUGUAGCGCAAGACUUCCACAAGGCGAAGGAACUGUAUGAGCUAGCCAUCAAAAGAGGCGACGUGGUUGCCCUCAGCCACCUUGGAUAUUUGUACGAGACUGGAGAAGGUGUGGUCAAAGACUUCCGCAGGGCCAAAGAAUUCUAUGAAACGGGCAUCGAAAAGGGCAGCGCCACUGCGCGCUGGAGCCUCGGUCGCUUGUACCAGUACGGCCUCGGGGUGGCUCGGGACUUUCAGAAAGCACGGGAACUUUUUCAGCUGGCCAUGGAGGAGGGCGACUCCGAAGCCCCGUGUGCCCUUGGAAACAUGUACCAGGACGGGCAAGGCGUCGCCCAAGAUUUCCACAAGGCCAAAGAAUUGUAUGAGAUAGCCAUCGAAAGGGACAGUGCUGCUGCCCCCACUGCUCUCGGGUUCUUGUACGCCCACGGCUUCGGGGUGGCCCGGGAUUUUGAGAAGACCCGGGAACUCUAUGAAAUGGGCAUGCGCAGGGGAUGGCGCAGAGCCUCUACUAGUCUUGGAGCCCUAUACGAGAACGGGCAGGGUGCAGCACAGGAUUUCCAUAAGGCCAAAGAGCUGUAUGAGAAGGGCAUCAACAGUGGUGACGACCUCGCCCCGGAAUGUCUUGGGCACAUGUACCGCGAUGGCCGUGGGGUCGACCAGGAUUGGGACAAGGCCAAGGAACUCUAUGAGAUGGGCAUCGAGAGGGGCAGCACUGAAGCAGCAACCAGCCUUGCGUACCUUUACGAACUGAUGGCUCACGUCUUGAAGACGUCUCCUCGGUACUCCCCUUUUAUGCAAGAAGACUAUGAACGUAUAGCCUUAAGCAAGGCCAAGGGGAUGUACGAGUUGGCCAUUGCAAGGGGUAGCACUUCUGCUUUGCGGUACCUGGCCCUUCUCUACAGGAGCGAUCGGAGCUCCGAUGAGCUGGCAUGUCAAUGGAUGGCCAAGGCGAAAGAAGCCGGGGAACGGGAGGCUGCCGGCAAAUUGGUCGAAUGGCAUUGCUCCUGA